CUGUGCCAUCGUUGUCAGACUGAGCUGAGCUGUAGGCUGUGUCGGUUCGCGUGGCACGUUGCUCGUCGUACAUUAGACCCGUCGUUUAAAUCGAGUGAAAUUCUGGCCUCGUUUUCCUUUGUGGUGAACGCAUACGAGUGAAUUGCUGUGGCGUGAAAACCUCAUUCCGCCACUUUUUGUUUUCCGAUUGUAAAGGCAUAGUUAAAUUUUUUUGAAACAAAGACACCACCAAGUCGUCGAAAAUGUUUGACGUCUUCGGAUCGGUGAAGGGCUUGCUAAAGCUCGAUUCUGUCAAUAUUGACAACAACAUUUUCCGCCUGCAUUACAAAGCGACGGUGAUUGUGCUGAUUGCAUUUUCUUUGGUGGUAACGUCACGCCAGUACAUUGGCGACCCUAUCGACUGCAUCGUGGAGGGCGUACCUGGCAAUGUUAUGGACACGUACUGCUGGAUCCAUUCUACAUUCACCAUCCCCAAUCGGUUGGCAUCCGAAACGAUUGGAAAAGAUGUUCCUCACCCUGGAGUUCGUCCUCAUCAGGAAGGCGAUCAAGUCAAAUACCAUAAAUACUACCAGUGGGUUUGCUUCGUCCUCUUCUUCCAGGCCCUUUUGUUUUACAUUCCCCGCUACCUGUGGAAGACAUGGGAAGCCGGAAAGAUGAAGAUGCUUGUCCUAGACCUCAACUGUCCCAUCAUCGCUGUAGAGACGAAAAAUGAACGAAAAAAACUAUUGGUCGAAUACUUCGCCUCUAACUUGCACAACCACAAUUUCUACGCUAUCCGAUUCUUUAUCUGCGAAGUACUCAACUUUAUCAACGUCAUCGUCAAGAUUUAUUUCGUCGAUUUCUUCCUCGGUGGAGAAUUCACCACAUACGGCAGAGAUGUUAUCAGCAUGACUGAAAUGGAACCCGAAGACCGUGUUGAUCCCAUGGCCAAGGUGUUCCCUAAAGUAACCAAAUGUACGUUCCACAAAUUCGGUCCAUCCGGUACGACAACACGUAUCGAUGGUCUGUGCGUUCUUCCUCUGAACAUUGUCAACGAAAAGAUCUACGUGUUCCUCUGGUUCUGGUUCAUCUUGUUGGCGGUUGUGAGCGGUUUGGCGCUGCUGUACCGUCUAGCUGUUGUCUUGGGUUCUCAAGCCCGCAUGUACCUGUUGAGAGCUCAGGCCCGCUUGGCACCUCGCAAUGAAGUUGAAUUGGUGGCUCGCAAAUGUCAGAUUGGAGAUUGGUUUGUUCUCCUUCUCCUUGGAAAGAAUAUUGACCCUCUCGUCUAUAAAGAAUUGAUCUGCGAUCUGGCACGCCGAUUCGAAGGAAAAGAACCAGUUUAACCAGCAUAUUCAAGACGCCAUUGGUGGGACCCCCUUCAGCUUGAUCAGAACUCAUAAGAGUUGUCUUCGGCCAAUGUUAUUAGCGAUCUUUUUUUUUUUAUUACCCCUCAUCUCUUUCUCCCAGCAAAUUUGAUUAGAUUAUUUUCCCUACAUUUUCGCCCACUCAUCUAACAAAACAAAAAAAUCCAAUUAGAGAGCGCUCAAAAUAGAAUAAGACAAAACUAAGAAAUACGAGUUUUGGGACCAAUGAAAUCAAUCAGUCUUCCAUGCCGGUAAUAAAAUAACACCUUUUUGCAAUUGAUAUCGGGCGGGGCUCACCGUUCUCCCCUCGUACAUGUAUUUGCGCGUUCUGGUAUUCUACUUACAUGCCUUUCAGUAGAUAUUUUUUCCGUGGGGAAUGAAUUGUUUGUUGACGAAUAUACUUUAAGCAGGGACUGAAAAAGUACACCGACGGUUUUUCUUUAAAAAAAAUGUCUCCUCUUCUCCUUAUGAGUUCAUUAGGUUUUUUUGGUAGUGUAUGAGUUUCAUCUCACAGGUGUGUAGUCCCCGAAAUAGUCUUUUCCACUCCUUCCGGAUUUCCAAAUCUAGAUUUGCAUACUUUUUCUUUUACCUUCUGAUUUUCUUUGCAAUAUUCUCUCCACCACAUUUUAAGGGUGACAGUUUUUUUUUCUCCUUUUGUUUGAUCCGUUUCUGUUUGAUUAUUCUCUACUUCUCUGCAAGCUUGUCAAAAAAAAACUUUCCAUGAAGGUCCAGAAUCGGAAAUGCAUAUUUUGUUUACACGAUUGUGUGUGUUUUUUUUUAACUAUUAGUUCACGGAGAAAAAAUAUUCUCUGCGUGUGAUUUUUUAAGACUCCCUUUUUUUCUGGUGUGUGUUUUCUUUCCUUUGAUUAUUUUUUAUACGAAAACUGCGUGUCUCGAUUCGUGGGCGGCAAAAUACAGUGAGUUUGUAUUGUA